AUGUCCAUAUCGUCGUCUGUAAACGUGGAGAAAGAGACAGAUUCUCAAGAUGGCACCCAACACCGCCCCAGCGUCUCAGGCCAACAGCCAGAAACCCGCAUGGUAAAUGGCAAACAGGUGCAAAUACACACUUGGGGCGGUCCAGAUGACAAAGACAACCCGUUUAACUGGUCACCAACAUAUAAAUGGGUUGUCACAGUCACAGUCUGCUUCGUUUCAAUCUUAACGGGUUUGCCAGCCGGUUCGUACGGUUCCGGUAAUGAAUGGAUGGCGCCUCUUUGGAACGUACAAAAUGAACCCUUUCCGAACCUAUACUGGGCCACAACAAGCUGGAAUAUGGGCGCAGCGCUGUUCCCGUUGCUGUUUGUGCCAUUGACAGAGAACACAGGCCGUAUGCCUGGUUACUUUAUCGGUUACAUCGUCUUCGAACUCUUACUUUUCGGCUCUGCCUUCGCCAACAACUUCGCCACAAUCGUAGUCACCCGUUUCUUUGGCGGUGGUGCAUCAUCUGUUGCCAUCAAUAUCGUCGGCGGCAGCAUCAGCGAUAUCUGGAAAGGCGACAAAGCCCGCAGUUUGCCCAUGUCCCUCUUCGGCUUCACCAGUGUGGCCGGCAUUGCGCUUGGUCCCUUUAUCGGCAGUGCUAUUGUGCAGAUCCAAAAGCCGAGCGGUGGCCUUGAAUCGCCAUGGCGAUGGAUCUACUACAUCCAAAUCAUCUACAAUGCCGCGCUCAUCCCGGUAUUCUGGCUCAUCCUGCGCGAGACUCGUGGUGAUGUGAUCCUCAAGAAGCGCGCGCAGAAGCUGCGCAAGGAAACCGGUCGCGACAUCUAUGCCGAGUCCGAACUAGACAAACCUUCUGUCGUCUCUCUGCUCAAAGUAUCCUUUAUGCGCCCGACCAAGAUGCUGUUCACCGAGCCCGUGGUCACUUUCUUCACACUCUGGAUAUCCUUUGCAUGGGGCAUCCUUUUCCUCUUCUUUAGCUCAGUAGUGCAGACCUUUGGCGACUCUUACGGCUUUGGCAUCUUCCAAACCGGCCUCAUUCAGCUCGCCAUCACCGUGGGUGCCGUCAUUGGGACUCUGAUCAACCCGCUUCAGGACUGGCUCUAUCUUCGCACCGCGCCAAAGAACAAGGAACGGCCCGGCAAACCGAUCCCCGAGGCGCGGCUAUACACCAGCAUUCCCGGCUCGUUACUCUUCACAGCAGGCUUGUUCCUGUACGGAUGGACGUGCAGACCAAGUGUUCACUGGAUUGUGCCCGCGAUCGGUAUUACAAUCGUUGGCGUGGGUAUCUACAGCAUCUACAUGGGCGUAGUAAACUAUCUCACCGACGCGUACGAGAAAUACGCCGCCUCCGCCCUCAGCGCCGCCUCACUCGGCCGCAACACGUUCGGCGCCCUACUGCCCCUGGCAUCUGGGCAGCUGUUCAGCACGCUGGGUUUCGGAUGGGCCGGCAGCUUGCUAGGCUUUGUUGGACUGGCGCUCAGCGUGGUGCCUGUUGUAUUGCUAUACAAGGGCAGGGAGAUUAGAAAGCGGAGUCCAUUCAUGCUGGACAGUACGUUUGACGGGGAUGAGAGCGAGGAGAGGAAGACUACUUAUAGUCGAUGGGGAGGGAAGGGAAGGACUGAUGAGGGAUCUACGGGAGGAAACAAUGAGGUAUAG